UAAACAUACAGAUAAGACCCCAAAACUGACUCUUUAGGUAAAGUUAAAAGAAAUGAAUAUUUUUAUUAGUUUUAUUUUUCUAAUAACAGUAAGUGGUAGGCAUUUUGAUAAUCAGUCUUUGUGAUUCUCUGUUAUUUUAUUUUGUAACAUAAAUCUUACAAAAAAAAAAUGGUUGAGGUAAAUAAAACUGAAGAUGAAGAAUUCAAAAAGUACAUUUUCAAAUCAUCUACGGGUAUAGACACAUGCAUUUUCCAUGCGGCGGCGUUGGAAAGAUAUUUAUAUGAAGUUCCUUGGAAAACAGUUAAUUUAUCGUAUAAACUAUUAAAUGUUGAUUCAAGACUACUGUCUACUUUGCUUGAAAAUCAUGGAUUUCGAGAGGUCAGCUCUAAUUCGAACGAUUUCAAUUUAAUGUGGUCAAACAAUCUUGUCAAGACCGAAAUUAUUAGUUCACUGAAAUCAUUUCAACGUGUAAAUCAUUUUCCAAGAUCUUGUGAGCUUACCAGAAAAGAUAAACUAUACAAAAAUAUAGAGAAGAUGAGUCACCAAAAUGGAAUAAAAAAUUUUUCUUUCAUACCCGAGACUUAUAUCAUGCCCAAAGAUUACAAUAACUUCAUCAUUAACCAAUAUAAACAUAGAGGACUCUGGAUUGUGAAACCUUUUGAUUUAUCUCGAGGAAGAGGCAUCACAAUUAUUGAUUAUCCAUUCAAUGAAGUACAGCGUCAAUGUUUGAAAGAAAAUGUGGUUGUAUUGAAGUACGUGGAUAAUCCACUAUUGGUAAAUGGAUAUAAAUGGGAUCUUCGAUUAUACGUUUUAGUUACAUCAUUCAAUCCGCUAAUCAUUUAUUUAUAUGAAGAAGGUUUGGCUCGAUUUGCUACAGUCAAAUAUGAUUAUGAACGAAAAAAUGUCAACAACAAACAAAUGCACUUGUGCAAUUAUAGUAUCAACAAGCAUAGUCCAAACUAUAUAAAAAAUUCUGAUCCCAAGAAAGAAAAUGUGGGUCAUAAAUGGUCAAUGAGCGCUCUACUAAAUUACUUGCGAAAAAAUUAUUUAAUUGAUACAAAAACUUUAAUGUCUGAAAUUGAAGAUAUCGUAAUAAAAACUAUAAUAAGUGGUGCAGCUCAAAUGCUACCGGCUAUUAACUGUUUUGUACCUCACAGCCAAAACUGUUUUGAGCUAUAUGGGUUCGAUAUCUUAGUAGAUGACAAACUGAAACCUUGGUUAAUUGAAGUCAACUUAUCACCAUCACUGGGAAUAGAUUCAACAUUGGAUAGUAAAAUAAAAAGUUCAAUGUUGUGUGAUUUAUUUACGUUAAUUGGCAUUCCAAUAAUAGAUCCUACAAUAUUCGAUCAUUCAAAUAAGUUUGUAACUUCAAUGAGAAGACCCAAAUCAAGCAUUCUGAAAAAAAAUUUAUCACAUAAUAACAAUUUAAAAUACGACGAAAAACGAUUGCUUCUUCAUACUAUUGACCAAAAUCGUAGGAGUAGAGGGUUUAUAAGAAUUUAUCCCACAAAAGUAACGUGCAAAAAAUAUACACCAUACUUGGACAAUAUUUAUGGAGUACCAAGAGGAUCAACCUUACCACCAUUUUAUGUCAAGCUUAUGAAAAAUUAUAAUUGUUUAUUAAGCCUUACACUCUUCAGUGAACAUACAUCAUUUGACCUAAGUGUGGAUAGACAAGAUCGGUAUGAGCGAUCAUUAAGAGAUUGUAAUUAUCAUAUUGAUAAUAAAAAUAAUAAUGUUAAUAACGAAUGCGACGUAAUUGAACUGAAAAAUGCUGUGUUUACUUAUUUAAAAAAUGGAUUUUUAAUUAGUAAAAAUCAAAUUAGACAGAUUUUUGUGAGGUAUUUAAUUUACAUAUCUGAAAAUUUAAAAAGAUUCACUAUGGAAAAGGAUAGCCAACCUAGUACAGAAUUCACGUGGCUGUUGUUUUUAAAGAUUUCAAAAAAAUUAAAUGUUCCACUAAAAACUAAGAGCUCAAACUAUAUUUGGUCAAAAAAUCAAAAUGUACUAGAAGUUAUACGUCUAAUGGAAAUUUUAAUACUGAAAUACAACAAUUAUAAACCAGAAAUGUUCAAUGACAUAAAAAAUCCCCAAGAUUAUGUACCUCAAAAACUGAUGAAUUUAUUCCUUUCUUAUGCUAAAAAAGAAGAUAUAGAAGAUUUAAUUGAAUUUCAUCAUGUAUAAAUUCCAAUUAUGGUUUGAAAUUGAUUAACUUUAUUGUAAAUAAUUUUGCCAUGGUUUUUAACAAUUUACAUAUUUUUUUAAAGAAUUUUCUGAGUGCAAUUUCUAAAAUAUCCAAUUAAAUAUUUUCAAGAAUACUGAACUUUAUUUAUAACGAUUUAAAUUUUAUUUUGUAAUAAAAAAAAUGAAUAUUAUACU